GAUAAGGCUGAGCGGUACCUUAAAGACCAAGCUCCACUCUUCCACUUCACUCGCGGCACCAGCCGUGCCCUCUCACCAACAUCCAACUGAGAGCUCGCCUCAACUGUCUCUCCAUAUAAAUCCCCCAUCAGCCAUCGAUCGAUACACGAACCAUCAUUCCGCCAACACUGUUACCGAAACAUGAGGCUGUGAAAUCCCCGAUCGAAACUUUGACCAGCACCCACAUCUGCCCCGACCAUUGCCAGCCAACACGCUCCCAAAAUUCAACCAUGAUGGCGGCGCCUCAGCUGCUUCUGCGCAAGCCUAAUGGCACCGCUGCCGGCCAAACCACCAAUGACACCCAGCACGCACCCAAGACCAAGCCUCAGCCCGAGGGUGAAAAGGUCGUUGUCCGCAGACUUCCUCCCCUACUAACCGAGGAAGAGUUCUUCAAAAUCCUCGGCGACGAAUGGAAGAUGGGCCAUGGCAAGGUCGACUGGUUUUCAUACUGGCCCGGCAAAAGCUCCCAACAUCCCUCACGGCCAUCUCGACCCUCCCGCGCCUAUCUUCACGUUAUCAGGAAAGAUGAUCUUCUAGUGCUCUCACAAGCCGUGCAGAAUGUCGUGUGGGAGGACGCCAAGGAAUCAUACAACGACCCGGUUUUGAUCCUGCCUCCUACGGUCGAGCUGUCGAUUCACAAGAAGAUUCCGAGCGACAAGAAACGGUUGGAUAACCGCCAAGGCACCAUCGACCAAGAGCCUGAAUUCAUGGCCUUCCUGGAGAGCCUUGCCAAUCCCGAUGCCCACAAGAACACAGAUGCUGCUGGUGAACCAAAUGCCGACGAAACAUCGACCAAGCCGGAAAAGAUAACCACCACGCCACUUGUCGAAUAUCUCAAGGAGAAGAAAGCACAGAGAGCCAAGGAGGCUGCACUUGCCAGGAGCGCCAAGCAACAUGCCCGACAGGAAUCGCAGGGAGGGAAGACAAAGACUGCCACCGCGACUAUUACUCUCGAGGAGUUGAAGAAGCGGGCUAGAGAAGCCAAGGGGGAGAAGACAGAUAAGGUCUCGGAGAAACCGAGGGACAAUGUCAAGAUUUUGACAAAAAGGGGCGCAUCAGCAUCAAAUGCCGCAGCGGAAGCCGCCAAGGCUGCCAAUACGGUUGCCAGCCAGAUGCAGGACAACGCCCGGUCCAGCUCCAAAGCUGACACCCAGACCAAGGCCGCCCAGAGUUCGUCACAGUCCACCACACAGUCGGUUCCUUCAGGCGACGCACCAUCAGAGCUUCCCAAGAGCCGACGGGCAGGCAUCGCCGCAGCAGCACGCAUCUUACAACGUGACUUGGGCCUCAGCCCAGGUAACGCCCACAGAAAGGCACGUCAGGAGGCAGCAAAGGCUGAGGCUGAUGCAAAGGCCAGCGCUGCUGCUACUGCUAGUGCCAAUGCCAGUGCUGCUAAAGAAACUGCAUCCAGGGAGAAAAAGGAAAAGGAGGCAGCUCCUGUGCCGUCGAGCUCCGAACGUUCCUCGACACCAGCCAAUGCCGCCGAUUCUUCGGCUGCUGCGUCGCCUUCGACGUCUGCUAGAGGACGAGAGUCAGCCUCUGGAAGAACACGCGGCAGGAGAGGACGAGGUGGAACAAUAGAAGAGGGACCAAAGUCAAAGGGAGCAGAUGGCGGCAAAGAGACCAAACCUGCCGAAGUCGCGGCACCACAACCACCGGUAAAGCCGACGAUGAUCCUCAAGAAGAGGGACUCCACACAGGCCCCUCCGCCAUCGGCACCCUCGGCACCUUCGACGCCUGUAGUUGCCCAACCGCCGGCCUCAUCAGCGUCGCAAAAACCCACCACGCCCAAGCAGCCCUCCGCCGAAGGCAGGCAAAGGGGCCGUGGCCGCGGAGGCGAAACCAAAGAGAACACCCAAGCCAGUAACAACGCAGCCACCACCCCAUCUACUCCUGCCCCGACAGGUCCCACCCAAGCCUUCAUCAAGCACGCCCACCAAACACAGGGCGUUACCGAGUCGGCAUUACGCGAGGCCAUGCAAGCCUUUGGCGCCAUCAACUCGAUCGACAUGCGGAAGAAGGGUCUGGCCUACGUCGACUUUACGGACCCCGAAGCGCUGAAGAAGGCCAUAGCCGCGAGUCCCGUGACGAUUGCGCGGGCCAGUGUCACGAUUCUAGAGAGGAAAUCGGAUACCGAUAAGAAGGAAGGUGGCGGUAAGGACAAGGACAGGGAGACUACUGCCACUGAAAGUGCGACGCCAAGUGCACCAGUUGAGAAGGAAAAAGCGGCGCCAGAGAAGGAAAAUGAGAAGGAGAAAGAGAAAGCACCAGAGAAGGAGAGGGAGAGAGAAAAGCGCGAUGAUGAAAGAAGAAGGGGAAGAGGCAGAGGCAGAGGACGCGAUGGCGGCGGCGGUGAUAAGGAUAAGGAGAAGGGCGACAAGGCCGAGAAGGGUGACUCGAGGGGAGGUCACGCAAAGGGCGAUGCCACCGGUGCAAAGGAAACCGCUCCUCAGGGGGGAAGUGGUUCCGAUCGUCCUGUUAGCGCACCCAAGGCCCCGAGAGGUAACGCUAGUUCUGCAUCUGCCCGACCGACCUCAGCCCAGGACAAGGGCGAGAAAGACAAAGAAAACGACAAGGGUGAGAAGGGCGAAGGGGAGAAGAAGGGUGAGAAUCGCCGUGGCAGGAGACGCGGCGGUAGAGGACGGGGUGGUGGUGGUGAUAAGGAUAAGGAGAAGGAGAAAGAUGGCGGCGGUGGUGGUGGUGCGAAGAGGAGCGAGGGCGGUGGUUCCGGUCAGGCGGCUCCGGCUGCGUGAGCUUAGGGACGCGGAAGACGCUCAGGAGCACAGUCUUGAAGGGAAAAAUGAUGAGGAAUGGGAAAGAGCAUGACUAGUUGAGAGAUAAGCGAAGUUUAAUGACAGCGUAUGAUCAACAUUCUUCCGUGCUUGACUGGCUGUCCCUACUGUGGCGAAGGUGUCUAGGGAUUAAUCGCAUGCACUGGGCUUGAAGGGUGGUUGAGCGUACGGUAACUGCCGCACAGUUAUGAGGAUGAGGUUCAACAAAGUGCUGAACUGCGGGC